CUUGAGGAGCAUUAUGCUUCAGCUAAAGGAUGACAGAGACUGAUGCCGACAAAAUUUUGCGCCUGGAAAGGUCCCUGAGGCUGGCCGAAGCGGAGCGCGAUGAAUUUGCUGCUGAUAUUGAACGCCUGUGCUUGGCAUCGGGUGGCGUUGCCAAACUUGAAAACGCGACAGAGCGGGCUUACAACGCGGAAGCAGAAACCAGGAAGCUGGGGUUGGAGCUCGCAAAUGUCACGAGCGAACGCGAUGCAGCUCACGCGGCACUAGCGAUAGCAGGAGACGAGCGGGCCGAACUGUCCCAAGAGCUCUCUGAGCUCCGGCGGCAGCUGGAGACCGCGCGGUCGUCCGAGCUGCAGCUACGCGGCGUGCUUGAGGACAGCCAGCUUACCUGCGAGGGGCUGAAGACCCAGGCUCGGGAGCUGCAGACGGAGCUGGAGGCCGCGCGGCACACACUGGAGGAGGACCGGACCGCUCGGGAGGGGUUGCAGAGCCAGCUGCAAACGCUGCAGGCGGAGGCAGAGGCGCUGCGGAAGCAGGGUGCGGCCCGCGACCAGGCCGAAUCCAAGGAGCUGAUCAAGCUGCGAAAGACCGUAGCACAGCUGGAGGAGGCCGCGAACCUGUCACGGACCCAGCUGUCAGAGGUGCAGGCGGAGGCGAUGCACACGCACAAGCUGCUCAAGCAGGCGCACAAGAUUGAGGACCAGCUGAGCACCCAAGUGCAGCAGCUGCAGGCCUCGCUGGCGGCAGCUAAACAGGCCCAGCAGCCGUCCACGCCACGCAAGAGCGGGGAGGGCGCAUCCGACUCUGCCUCCCCACAGCCGCAGCCGCCAGCAUUGCCGCCGCUGGACGAUCGCUCCCAUUCUGGCCCUGCGGACUCGCCAGCGCCCUCGCCACGCACUGCAGCCGCGCGAGCGCUGACCGCGUCCACUGCGGCGGCCGUCACGGUCACCGCUGCGGAGGCUACGACGCCUGUAGUUGCCACAGACGCUGGGGCCGCGGCCUCGGGCGAUGCGGCUUCGCCUGGCGCAGGCGCACUGGCGGCCGCGGAGGCCGCUGUGUCGGCAGCCAAGACGGAGACGGAGGCGGCCAUGGCGGCGCUGGCGACCGCGCAGCUGCGUGUGAAGGAGCUGGAGGGGCAGCUUGCUGCGGCGCGCGAUGAGCUGGAGCAGGAGAGGGCGGGGCAGUCGGACGAGCGUGAGCAGCUGCAGGUGCUGCGCACCAUGGUGCACGACUUUAAAAUAAAGCUGGCUCAGGCCACACAGGAGAAGGUGGAGGCGCUCAUGCGGGCGGCGAGCGUCACACAGGAGGCGCAGCAGCAGAUGCAGCAGGCGGCAGCCGCUGCAGCGGGCGGGAACAGCAGCGGCGGAACCGCAGGCGGCGGCGCAGGCGGCGGCGGGGGCUACGCUUCUUCUUCCAUUCCCAUCCUGCAGCGCAUCGGCUCCACGUUGUCGGCGUCGGCGCGAGAGCGCUCCGAGGCGGCGGCGCAGCACUCCCGGCGCGCCAGCCGCGACGCGGGAGUCCUCAGCCGCAGCCCAAGCACCGCGAACGCACACGGGCAGCCAAGGGACAUGUCCUCACCCGCCGGCGGUUCGGGGACGCGCAGCCUCUGGGCGGCCUGGCUGGGUGGCGGCGGCGGUAGCAGCUUCUCCAACUCGGCAUCUGCCGCUGCCGCAGGCGUGGGCGCGGGCGCGGGCGCAGCAGGCAACGGCGCACUGCCGCCGACUAGCUCGGGUGGCGGCGCCGCGGCAGCCAGUCCCCGCGCCGGGGCUGCCGCCUCUGCUGCCGCGCUCCCGCCUCUGCACCCGCAUGAGAGCACCUACGCCGCCAGCGUGGCUUCAGAGGAGAGCGCCGACCUCGACCCCUCCGCCUCCAUUGCCGCGGCAGCUGCGGCGGCGGCGGCCGCCGCCAGCGCCUCUGCCUCCGCCAACGCGGCGGCGCACGCUGCCACGGUGGAGGCGGCGGAGGGGCGCAACCGGCGGCUGGCGGCGCAGCUGGAGCGGGUGCGGGGGCAGCUGGCAGCGGUGGACAAGCUGGCGGCGGCGGUGGGACGCUGCCUGUCGCAGCUGGAGGGCGCGGCGGGGCUGUUGUGGAGCAGCCGCGAGGAGGACGCGCCGCGGCGAUGGGCGGCGCUGCGGGACCUCACAAAGCUGGCCGAGGCCUGUGCCGCCAUGCGGAGCGAGGCCGGGUUGCCGCCGGCGUUGCCGCAGGUGCCGGCUGGCUCCGGCACCGCGGCGGCGCCGGCAGCGCCAGCGGCGGCGCGCGCUGCGCCUGCGGCGCAGGCGGAGCCUGCGCCUGGCGCUGGUGUUGUGGGCGACAGCGGUGGUGAGAAUGAUGCCAGCGUGGUGUGCACGCGGGAGAGCGGCGGCGUGCAGCGGCGUGUGGCGGAGGUGCUGAUGGGCGCGGUGGAGUUCGGGGUGCGCUCGGUGGAGGCGUACAACCACGCGGCGGCGCUGUCGUCCGUGACCAUGUACGGCUGAGGCUCAUGAUUGUGCGUCCCUCUCGCGUGCUGUGCGUGGGGGGGGGGUUACAUUCAUGGUUAGUUAAGGAAGUGGUAGACGGGGGAGGAGUUCUUCGUUCCGGAGUUCAAGCGGGGGCAGGCAUGGCAAGUCGUUCGAGAGGUGGUUAACUCUGAACCAAUCCCAUAAGGAAACAGAAGCGCUGCAAGGAGACCGCUGUGAGGGGGGGCAAAGCACAGCUGCAUCGAGCCUAUUGCGUUGUCAUGAUUGACACGGAUACCAGACGACCCAGCUGGACAGUCACCCGAAGAACGGGUGUGCCUGUAUGCUAUCCGCUUAGGAGGAGACACUUGUGCCUGGUUCGUAGAUGACGUGUACCGUAUGCUUUUGUUGCAUCGUUUGGGCGUGUGGUUUGGGCGUAUCAGGGCGUGUGUGGGACGAACCCACAUUCCCGCGCGCCGACAACCCGUAUGGAAGGACCCAGGAUGACAUAUUGAGAUGCCUUUUGACCAGCUGUCCUGCUACAGCGUGUUAGCGCAGGCAUGUAACAGGGGUUGGGA